AUGCCAGACGAAAAGAAACCAGAAGAACCCCAAUACGCGGCAGAACAAUACGCAGUGAAUGAUUAUGCUGUACCCGCCGAUUAUGUAGUGCCCCCACAACAAGACUAUUAUACCGAGACUGAAUAUACCGACUACAACACUGCUGCUACUGCUGCUGCUACUACUUCCACUGGCGCGCAAGAUUACUCUGAUCCUAAUGCCCAAUACUAUGAUCCCAAUCAAUAUUAUUACGAUUACAAUACAGGUACUUACAUUGAUGCCAAUGCUGUAGCUGACACCACCAACGCUUCUUAUAAUUACGAUCAAUAUUAUGCACAACAGCCUGCUUAUUAUGAUCCAUCGUAUUCACAAGGAUACCACACCAUGGGUGGCAGUGGUGUGCCAUUACCUGAAUCCGUCACUGCGAUCCAAUCUGCUGCUACUGCCCAUGCAGCUGCGAAAUAUAAUCCUACACCCACAUCCGCUUACAACACAUCCGCUUCACAAGCACCUAAAGUCUAUUACCCAUCCACUGCCAAUGCCAAUAAUCCCAUUGGCCCCAUUAUCAUCACGAAAUCAGGGUAUGCAGGACCUACAGGCUCCACGAGUCAUCAAGACGGGUCUGUGACAACCACCACCAAGAAAAAGACGAAAAAAGUAGUGAGAGCAGCGGGAGGAGAAGUAUGGGAAGAUCACUCGUUGGAGGAUUGGGAUGAUAAUGAUUUCCGAUUGUUUGCGGGUGAUUUGGGUAACGAGGUCACAGAAGAGAUUUUAUACAAGGCCUUUUCAAAGUACCCCAGUUUGUUAAGGACGCGUGUCGUAAGAGAUACAAGGACCAUGAAAUCCAAAGGGUUUGGAUUCAUCAGUUUUAAAGAUCCCGAUGAUUUUGUGAAAGCCUGGAGAGAAAUGAACGGCAAAUAUGUUGGAAAUCGUCCCAUCAAAUUGCGUAAGAGUACCUGGAAAGAACGUAACGUUGAUGUCAGAGCAAAGAAAGAAAGAGAACGUAUGGGCCCUUAUACAAAGAAUCGUUAA